AUGGCUGCAACAACCAGCGAGAUGGACAAGGGAAAGGCUAUACCGACAUCCAACGGACAGGCUGCAGAGUCAACGCGUGGCAGAGCAAUCAGCAGCACUACUCCUCCAGAGGGCGGCCUGGCUCCGGGCUCGCUCCCAAGACACCUAGCCACGGCCAGGCUGGCUUCUCCCGUCCCUUCGUCGUCGUUUACUGAAGCACAGGACCUGCAGCUAAGACGAGUUCCAACGCCCAGGCAGACCGCUCCGCCUGAUGCCAAAGAUGCCACCGACUUUAAAGCCUCGUCCGUCGUGCCGUCAUCGCCCGACGCUCCCAGGCCGUCAGCCCUGACGAGCGCCCUUCAAGACGAGAAUGCCUCCAGCGGAACCGCAUCGUCUUCGAGCGGUGCUCCCCUGGAAGACGCAGAGGUGGUAAAACGACACUUGGUGCAACCACCGCUCGAAACGGCUGACUCCAAUGACGCCAACGGGAAGAAGCCGGAGUCGACCAAAUCCGGCGGAAGUGGGAGCGGCAAGGAUGCAGCAGAGGAGUUUUCCAGCUUAAAGCUUCAAGGUGGUGACAUAACGAGACCAAUCUACAGGUGGGCCGAAGCAGAGGCUCAGGAGCAGCAGGGUCCCAAGAGACGGAAAAGUUUUGACCUUGCAAGGCCAGAACCCGAGGCUGAGACCUUGGAUAUCAACACGAUCAGAGUUCCAGGUGGCUUCCGCCGAGACUACCUGCGUAGAACUGGCGGAGAGCAAAACACUCUCACUGCACCAGCAGAUCCGGAACAGGCACUCGGCCAGCCUCGUUUGCCGACGAACAGCUUCUUGGAAUUCCUAACUCUGUUUGGCCAUUUCGCCGGUGAGGAGCUUGAGGAAGAUGACGAAGUGCUUGGCCCGGGUGAGUUCUUCACCCGAAGAACUGGAUUUGGAGAAGAGGAGCCGUCAGAGGAGACCUCGCUGCUUCGACCUGGAAGCGCCGGAGGCCGUACGCCCAAAGACCGCGCCGCAAAGGCUACCAACACCUCCAUGGGAGCCGUACUCCUUCUCUUGAAGUCCUUUGUUGGAACCGGUGUCUUGUUUCUUCCACGCGCCUUUUUGAACGGCGGUAUGGUGUUUAGUUCCAUCGUGCUAGUCGCGAUAUCGGCGCUAAGCUACUACUGCUUUAUCUUGCUUGUGAACACCCGGAAUAAAAUCAACGGCUCGUUUGGUGAUAUGGGAGGCGUGCUGUAUGGUGAGAAAAUGAGAAAAAUCAUUCUCCUCUCAGUUGCACUCAGCCAGCUUGGCUUCGUUGCAGCAUACAUCGUUUUCGUCUCGCAGAAUCUCCAAGCUUUCAUUUUAUCCGUUAGCAACUGUGAGACUUUCAUGAACAUCAAGUAUGUUAUCAUGAUGCAGCUCAUAAUAUUCCUUCCGCUUUCACUUGUGCGCGAUAUCUCCAAACUUGCCUUUACAGCCCUAAUCGCGGAUGUGUUUAUUCUGCUUGGCUUGGUCUACCUUUACGGAUUCGGCAUUAGCACCAUCAUGGAACAGGGCGUUGCCGACAUUCAGCCCUUCAACCCCAAGUCCUACACACUGCUAAUCGGAACCGCUAUCUUCACCUUUGAAGGAAUUGGCCUGAUCAUUCCCAUUCAAGAGUCCAUGAAGCGCCCUGAGAAGUUCCCCGGCGUCCUAGCCCUGGUCAUGGUUGUCAUCACCGUUGUCUUCCUCUCCAUGGGUGUUGUUGGCUAUGCAACCUUCGGUUCCGCAACCGAGACCGUUGUCAUCCUUAACCUCCCUCAGCAGGAUAACUUUGUCCGAGCAAUCCAGUUCUUGUAUGCCAUUGCUAUCCUUCUGAGCACACCCCUUCAGCUCUUCCCCGCCAUCCGAAUCCUAGAAAAUGGCCUCUUUACUCGCAGUGGAAAGUACAACCCCGGAAUCAAAUGGAAGAAGAACAUCUUCCGCUUCUUCCUUGUUUUAGUGUGCGCUUCCAUUGCCUGGGGUGGAGCCGGUGACUUGGACAAAUUCGUCUCCCUUAUUGGAAGCUUCGCAUGCGUUCCCCUUGUCUUUGUGUAUCCGCCCAUGCUUCAUUACAAGGGCGUGGCAACCACUCGGCUGCAAAAAUCCCUAGACAUCUGCCUCAUGACCUUCGGAAUGUUAUGCUGUGCAUACACUACAGCCCUAACCCUUAAGAACUGGGCAGGCGGAAGCAGCGCUCCCAAACUCCCAGGAUAUUGCGACAAAUAG